ACAACUGUAAGUGUCUGACCCUUGGAGCUAUUCAAACAAAAUAUCUGGGUUUAGUAGCAUCGGCGUUCAACAGUGUUUAGAAAAUGGAUGUGACGGACAUGAAACCUCGGAGAACGGUUUUGAGGGUGGCCGCAUUCGAUACAAAGUUCAAGAGGCCACCCGAACAACCGAAACCACUAUCACAACGAAUUGCAACCCGGUGCAAGGAUUAUUUUUCAAAACGGAAGUUGAUAAAAACAGUGUAUGCUAAUUUCCCCUUCAUAGGAGUAAUUAAGAAGUACAAACUUAAAGAAAACCUGGCAAAUGACGUCAUAUCUGGACUUACCGUUGGUAUAAUGCAAAUUCCCCAGGGGAUGGCGUACGCUUUGUUGGGAUCACUGCCCCCAAUCGUUGGGUUGUAUACGUCAUUUUUCGGUCCACUGAUUUACUUUUUCCUUGGAACGUCACGUCAUGCUUCAAUGGGUACUAUUGCCAUAGUGAGUUUAAUGAUAGCCUCUGUCCUGGACGCUAGACUCGGGAACGGAACACCUACGCUACACCCAGGUACAACUUCGUCAGCCAUUUAUAACUACAGCGUUACGACCACGUCCAGCUUUUUUAACGUCACAAACAGCACGAACACUGCACCAAUCACCAGUGUGACGUCGGCAUUCUCGGAAACAGACGUACAGAAGAUAAGAUUAACGGCGGCCCUGUCGUUUGUCUCCGGAUUUGUAAUGAUUUUUCUUGGAAAGAUCAAUAUGGGACUGGUGGCUACCUACAUGUCUGAGCCGAUGGUAUGUGGCUUCACGUCCGCAGUUGCCAUUCACGUGACCACAAGCCAAGCCAAGCACAUCCUGGGUAUCAAAGUAGGGCGCCAUAACGGAGUUUUCAAGGUCAUAAAGACAUGGAUUGAUAUCGCCAAAAACAUUACCACAAUCAACUGGGCUCCCGUCGUUACCUCCAUUAUCUGUAUCCUGGCCAUCUACGCUGUCAAAAUUCAUGUUAACCUUCGUUUUAAGGCCAAACUGAAGAUCCCUAUACCCAUUGAAAUCAUUGUCGUGUCAAUCGCCACGGCGAUAUCCCACGUUGCGAAAUUUAAGACAAACUAUGAAGUCAACGUUUUAGAAGACAUUCCAUCAGGAGUACCCGCCCCUGCUAUACCGGAUGUGACGUUGGUCGGGGAGAGUUUUAAGGAUGCUGUCAUUAUUGGAAUUGUCGCUUUUAUACAAUCAGUGUCUAUGGCGAAAAUACUGGCACGAAAAAACAACUACCAUAUCAACCCAAACCAGGAAAUGGUGGCUUAUGGAGCAGGAAGUGUGUUGAACGCCGUGUUUUCUGGUUACAUCCCUGCUGCCUCUGUGGCGAGGAGCAUGGUCCAGGAGGGGGCCGGAGGACACACUCAAGUGGCCUCCCUGUUCGGUUGCUUGGUCGUUCUCGUGGUCAUUGUGGCUAUAGGACCACUGUUCUACUCGCUUCCGAAGUGCGUGCUAUCUUGUGUUAUUCUUGUCAAUUUGCGGAGCAUGUUUCUGCAGUUCUUGGAGCUUAAACCUCUGUGGAAGAAGUCUAAAUAUGAUUUCCUGAUUUGGAUCGUGACCUUCCUGGCCACAGUGAUUCUUGACGCUGAUAUAGGUAUCGGUAUCGGAAUCGUCUUCUCCAUCCUCACAGUAGCCAUCCGUACACAGAGGCCAGACUAUUACCGAGAAGGAAUCAUUGAUGGACUGUACAUCAAAUCUACACAGAGCUACAACCAAGUACAAGAAGAACCGUUUAUGAAAAUAGUCCGAUUCCAAGCCCCACUUUAUUUCGCCAAUUCCGAGAUGUUCGUAAAAGCAGUACGAGUUGCGUCUAAUAUCGACCCGGAAGAGAUGAAGAGAGCACGAAAACAUCACGAAAAGACAAAAAAGGAUACCGGUAUCAGUGACUCAGUAGAAAAUGGAAUCCCGGAUUCAGAAACUGGUGACGCCAUAAUACUUUGCCAAACAGAAAACAACCGGAAGUCCCGAGAGACUAUACUACUGGACAUGGAAGGCGUUCCCUUCUUGGAUAUAGUCGGCGUAAAGACACUUAGAAGGGUAUUUAAUGAAUACAACGAUGUGGAUGUGGAUGUGAUGUUGGCCGGAUGCAAUGAUGGUGUGCUGGACAUAUUACGGUCGACUGAUUUUAUGUCCGAAAAGGAAGAUUGUAUUUACGUGGAUGUUGAGUGUGCACUGGAAAGUCGACAUGCGAAACCGGUCGAGGACCAAUGAACCAUAGCAUCACGUGAACGUUGGCACAAAGAAUAACCAAACGUGCAACGUGAAUGAUACAAUGUUAUUAUUGAAAAGUAAAACGUGACUAAUAACCGGUGCACGUGAUCAAAAAAUUCAUACCAUGUGAUCAAGAAAUUGUCACAAGUAAGCAAUGAAGGAUAGCACGUGACAAUUGACCAUUAUCCUCUGACCAAUAAGUUUGAAUAUGUUUUAACGGAAGAGAAAUAAUGUCUGCUGAUCGGUAAUAUCGGUUAAAUUCAGUGGCGCCUUCUGUUUGUAUCAUAAUUAUGUCCUACGUUGAUGUUACCGCUUCGUGUAUACAAAACCAUGUAAAUGUCGUGACAAACAAGCUGAGAGUGGAUUUGAAGAAUGCAGUGAUAAUAUUGCUGUUUUAUUGUUUAUAAAUAUAUAUUAAAAUUACUGCAGUACUUCAUCAUGAUUCCUCUAGUUAUAUUACCUGAAAAUGUACAUACUCUACUUUAUUGUAUGAGAUUUGUAAGGAUAUACUUCGAAAUGUCAUAUUCUAUCUUGAAGAAAACCCAACAUCGAAUACAAAUAUUCUGAUGCUCACCUGCCUGUGAUCGUUUCUACCAUAUCAGAUCAAAAUCAGACAAGUGGUCUGCUAGGAAGCUUGAUUGAAAUAAGUGCACACUGCUUUGGGUGUCGUGACCAGGCCCUCUGGUAUCAUAUUUGGUUUGUUUAUCGUUGCUUUACUUCCUAUUAAACUCAGGAUCAUGUGAUGACUUUCCAGAUUAAGGCAAUUAUGUCGUAAAAAGAUGUUAAGAGUGACCUACUUCCUCCGUUUUUAACAAGUGUUUGUAACAUUUAACAGAAGGAAAUAAUGAAAUUAUAAUAUUCACUCAAACAUUAUCAGGUGGGUGGUUAAUAUACAGUAUAUAUGGAACUCUUAGGUUAAAAUAAAA